AUGACGUUAUACUCGCUUGAGGGCACAAACUUCAAUCACAACGCACUUUUCUGUCAAUCUGUCGACUUGUGCCUGGAAAUGUUGUCGCUUGAGUCAUCAAGACACGAACUGCCUAUCACAUCUUCUGUCAGAGGUCUUAGAGUUGAAGAAGCAGACGACGGGGAGCUAAGAGCGAAUGAUGAUGAAGACGCGUGUCUGCGUGCCACUAUCACGGUCUUCGGCCAGCAAGCCAAAGACUGGAAGACCAAAGCUGAGGAUAAACCCAAGAUCAUCGAACACGUAGAUUGGAAGACCUCCAAGAGUUUCGCGGGAUCUGAUCUUUCGGAUGAUACAAUACCCCUCCUUACUCGCCUUGAGAGCGAGGUCUCACGCUUGCGACCCGAGAACACUCAGUCGAAAGAGACUCCCAAGAAGAUCGAGUAA